AUGGCGCCCACCGAAUCAACAAUCCUGAGCAACUACCUGCUCGUCCCCGCCCAGCUCCCCACCAUCAUCUCCCUCGACGAAUUCAGGUCCUUUUUCCCGCCGGGCCAGCGCUCGUCUCCCCAGGUGCGCACUCUGUAUCGGGACCUGCAGCGUCAACGUAACGCUAUCGUCGACAAUGUGGCCGAGAAUAUCGAUGCCGAGGCCGGCCAGCGCGCCAGGGCCAUCCGCCGCCAGGUCGCCCGCGUGAAGUUGGGCGCUGCGGCCGACGAGAUAGACCCGGAGGACGAGGUCGAGAAAGUUCUACUGGCCUCCGACCCCAAUACAAGGCCUGAGGCAUCGCAGCACACUCUCGCCUCUGUCGUGGCGGACAUGGAAGCCGCCGCUACCGCUCUUGAGCGCCAGAUCCAGGAUAUUCAGUCUGAAGAGGCCGAGAUCCUCCAGUCGAUCCAGCAGACGAUCGGCGAUCUUAGUGAUCUCCGAUACGGCCGCCUUGCCAACCCAAGGUUGUCGGAGCAGGUCCUGGAUGGCCUGCGAAACAUGGAAGCCAUCUGCAAAAGAAGCCCCGAAUCAAGAUAG